AUGGUUCUUUGGAAGGUUGAGAUCGAAGGAACCUAUGAAAACAAAGAAAAACUUAAAAAUAUCGAAACUAAUAUUCAAAGAGAAUUCGGAGGUGUUAAAUUGGACGAACUUGAUUUAUCUAAGGAAAUUUUUUCGGUAACCCUCCAGAAAAACGCAUCCAACUUCAUUGUACAACCACUCGCCAUCACUGGAGGUCUUGGAGGAACAUCUUUUAAAGGAGGUUAUGAAAGUGUCGAUCUUACUCAUGAUAUUGUAUGCCAGAGAGAACUAACUAUUAACAGACUGCUUGAAUGUCUGUUUAAAGGAACGCAUUAUACUAGAUCAUUCACUACCUAUGACUGGAAAAACAACGCUUUCACAACUAUUUGA